AUGUAUCAAACGAGCAGAUCAGGAUGGAGCGAGUGGUCUCAAUGGAUCUGGAAUACAGAUUACCAACAGUACUACCGCCAACGAGUAGAUAUUUCAGGCAACCCGGAUAUACAGUGGCAGAGCGAAUAUGAGGCUGCCCAGAACAACCAGACACCCCGAACCCCGGUGGAGCAAAUGACACAGCAGUUCGGGGCUGUCAACAUACGGAGUCCUGAACAAACUGGUGGAGAUGAACAGAAUAACGAUGAUUACACUGUUACGAGCUCGUCAUCGAAAGUAAAAUCCAGAUCCUCAAGAUCGCACGGCAGUUCCUCGAAAUCGAAAUCGAAAUCAGCCAAAACUUCGAGUGGGAAGGGAAAAGCGCCUGUUCAAGAGGACAUCCCGGAGGAUGAUGGACAGGAUUAUGACGAUCGCUAUGCCCAACGUAAAGCAUCUAGCUCGCAAGACGAGAUGUACUACGACGAGGCCACUGGACAAUACCUUGCGUACCCACAAACUGCACAAGUGUCUACCCCAACACAGCCAUAUGCAGAUGCUUCAGGAGAAUACGAGGAUCCAGCGCUUCAGGAGGCUCUUGCUCAAAGUAAACAAUAUACACGUGAUCGAUAUGUAAAUGGCGAGCCUUCGUCUGCAACAUACGCCGCAUACACACAAGAUGACGAAAACGAAGCCGGGCCUGCAGUGCCUACGGGAAACCAAGAGCACAUCAUAGGAACUGGUGGUGAAUCAGAAACUCUAGAUCCAAGAUAUACCGUUUUCAAGGUGCUGUGGCCAGAACCAGCAGGAGGAGGCAGUAUUGUAGAGGAAACGGUGUAUCGAGAUCAAUACGGCGGUCGGAUAUUCGUUCACUUUCGCCGAUUUAUCGUUGUUGCUAACGACCUUGGGCAUUGCACUUGCAUUCCAAUUUCCACCUACGGUAAAAAGGGUUGCAAAAAGAGUGGUGUCAAGGCCGAGCAACAUGGCAUUGUCGCUGAAAGUAGCAAUCGAAACCCGGUCCCUCUGAGCAAUGAGCCUAAGCUUGGGUUCCCCCCGGUUCGUGUGCAUAUUUCCGAGCCAGGUGAACGUAUCUCAAAGGAGUCACGAGUUAACUACUCGAAACUCACGACUGUGGAGCAUAACGUCAAGGUGCUCUUCAUUGGCCGUGUAGUGGGCUCAGAUUGGGAUGUCGUCACCGAGGCUGUCAACACCAGCUGGGCGAACAAGAUGCACACGCACAAAAAGAAGCAUCGCAGGUAA